AAAACAUGAGUCAGUCUCCACCCUACCAGAGAGACACUGCCUCUGCAUCUCCUGAGAGUCCUGAAGAAGGUGACUUCUCCCCUCGACAGCUUUGUGACAACCCAAAGAGCCUGGAGGAGCACGAGACAUGUGAAGACCAAAAAGAUCCCAUUGUUAAUAUCAUACCAGACAAGUACUCCAGCUCUCUUUUGAACACUAAAAUCUGUGCUCCGCUAGCAGCAAAUGACCUUGGGAAACUGUGUGCUGGCAUGCUUCCACAAGAACAACCGAUUAUUCAAAACGAUUGGAGAGAAACAAGAUGCUUCAGUACAUCGCCUACAAGAGAGAAGCUGUUGAGACAUUGGAAACUCCAGAGAAAACUUAAAAAAGACAAGACAAAUAAAUACACAAGUUGUAGUGAGAUCAAGCAUAAAAUUUACAGCCUGUCAAAAGAGAUUCAAUACAUCAAUGAUGAGCCUCACAACCCUAAUGCUGCUGGCAUGUCUACACUACAAGAAGAGACAGAUGGUGGGCCUAAGGUAUGUUGCUGUCUAAAUGACGUAAUGAAGAAGUUCUACAAAAGUGGGGAAUGUUUUCUCACCUUAUGUCAAGAUGGAACAGGCAAUGUUUUUUAUCCUUCUGGGAAAGCAGCCAUUAUAAUAUCCUCUGCAGAAGCUGCUGACUUCACUUACAUCAUCUUGGAGGACAAGGACACAGCCCCCAGCAUCAAAGGCAUUUUCACAAAUAAAGGCCACUCUACAUGCUACCAUCCCAAUGGAAUGAUAUGGUUGAAUCUGACCCCUGUCGGAGGUCUCUGUCUCAGCGAGACAGGAGCUUUGAGGAGGCGCUGGAAAUGGUUUUAUUUUGACCCACAUGGACGCAACCUUCCCUUCAAGCCUCUAACCUUUUCCCUGGGCCCAUACAUCAGUGUGCGCAUACACUCACAAGAACACAUGUACAUCACCUUUGCACAUCGGCAAAACAGCGUGCGCUUCAGCGUGGGGUCAAAGCUUAAGCUCACUUAUCAAAAGAACCAUGACAAGCUGGGGCAAGACGUUCUGGAGAGAUAUAUCCAAAUGAAGAGCUCAGAGAUUUACUCUCUGCUUGGCCAGAUGCAGACCUGCAUGUCCCACCGUUACAGUUUCAUUAUCCAGACACAGCGGCUUAGCAGACAAAUGGAAAAGGAGAAGUCACCCAAAAAAGAUGAAGAGAGAAAUACAUAAUUGGCAAAAGCUGAUAAAAUGUAUUGCUGUGUUACAGUUUACACCCUUGCAUUGGUCUAAACCUCUGUAAUAUCUGGUGCUUAUAGUCAUUCACGGUUAUAUUUAGACUGUAAAGGGCUUAAGGUUUAUAGAAGAAGAUUUAUGGAAGAUUGGGUCAGUUGGUUUGGCAGUGCAGACAUUCAGUAAACAUUAAGAUCAGGUAGUUACUAUCUUGAAAAGGGAGAAAAUAAAAAAUGGAAAGCCAAGGUUGUCUGUGUUAGUAUUUAAAAAGAUCACCAACAACAAAUCAA